CAUCAUCAUCAUUACCAGCAUCACAUUCAUCAUCAUCAUCAUCAUCAUCAUCAUGCACCGAGCUGACGGGCCACCUUCUUCCCGCACCAUGUGGCCGCGCACGGGCGCUGUGAUUCGCCCACGCGGUUUUAAAUCAUAGCAGAGGAGGCGCAUGGCUUCCCGGGGCGCAUUGUUUGCUUUUCCUGCGCGGCACCGUGGAUGGCCUGUCAUCCCCGCCCCUCCUCCCCGUGACACUGAGCCACGCGCUCAUUAAGCUCUUAAAACCACCAACAUGAUAUGUUGCAUUGAGCCCUGAGGGGCCCUGUCACCCAAAUGCACGUCCAGCUCACGCAUACCGACAAUUGUGCAGGGACACGCGCGCACGCGCAUGCACGCGCACACACACACACGCCCGGUCGCGCUGCAUCCUGGAGGAACAUCAUGGCGGAGGGCUGCGCCUGGUUCUUGGUUCUGGGCUCUGUGCUCCUGUGCAACCUGGCGAAAACACUCAUCCCCACCGUCUCGAGCUUCGUGAGUAACGCGUCCGCGCUGCCGCACUUUUCCCGCGCGUGAUCGCGACGCCUCGUCAACAUAAUAAUCAGGCUGAUCAUGUGCAGCACGUUCGCGCGCGCAGGACAGGUAGAUCCGUUCGCAGCCCUUUGUUACGAUGUUGCAAACAAAGGCCCUUCGGCACGCGACCGUGUAGCGGUGUUGUCCGCGUGCACUGUGUGUGUGUGUGUGUGACGUCCCUCAGUGCGCGUCGCUUUCGUGGCUCGCACAUGUUGUCUAAGGUCUUCCAGAAGGAUGCUGAGGCGGAGAUGGAGAUGAGGACGGACAUCCAGGAGAUGAAGAUGGAGCUGUCCACCGUUAGCAUGAUGGACGAGUUCGCCAGGUACGCCAGGCUGGAACGUAAGAUCAACAAGACAACGGACAAGCUCAAGUCUCACGUGAAGUCCAGAACUGCCUACCAGGCCAAGGUUAAGUGGGGCGUGAACAUAGUAUACCACGUUUUGCAGGCGGUGCUCAUGGUCACUCUCAUCUGGAAGUUCUACGCCAGUCCCGUGACGGUCCUUCCCAGCAAGUGGAUCGUCCCCCUGGAGCGCCUGGUCGCGUUCCCAUCCGGGGUCGCGGGGGGAGUUGGGAUCACGUGUUGGUUGGUGGUCUGCAACAAGGUCGUGGCCUUGCUCCUGCAGGCUGUGGGCUGAGGACCCCGGACGGACCGCCAAUGCCAGCAUGGCGUCUUCACGUCAUUCCCGCUUAGCCAGCGUUGGCCUGAAGUAGCUGCUUCCCGUCUGGGUCUAAUGCCAAGUAGUGAGAGGUGCGAAGACGCAUUUAUUGUGUAAUUCCUUGUGUUCGUUUUAAAAUAGGCUCCGACGAAGGGCCCCUCGCCGAGGGGAUAUCCUCAGUUCGGCGGGAGAAGACCUGCCGCAGCCCGCUGUUCAAAAGGAACGCGACCGCCAACCCGCAUGGUAUUGUGUGCUCUGGCUUCGGGGCGUUCGUGUGCUGCUUUUGGGAGAAUGAGAAGAAUGGAGGGAAUUAAUAGAAGGGGAUGUAAGCGGGUGGGGUGGUCCGGUGUAUUUAAUGUGGUUCGUUUUUAUUUAUAUGACGUUGCUGUAAAAUGUUGAUGUCGCAUUUGUUUCUGGAGCUCCCCCUCCCCCCCCGGAGUCGUAUGUGUGUUUCUUGUGGCCUGCAAAUAAAAGGAGACGAU